UGUCUGUGAAGCUCGCACCAGAGGAAAUGUCUGAACUAGAAGCCAUGGCUUCAGAUGAUGCUGUGAAGGGUGAUAGAUACAUGGCAGGCAUGUCCACUUUCAAAGGUGCUGACACUCCACCUCUGUCUUCCUGGAAAAGCGAAUAGAAAGUGCUGUUCUAUAAUGCAUUGAGUGAGAGUAAUGGUUUGGCAAUAAAAUGAGCUUGCUGAGUUCAAGUUGAAGUUCUGCAAUUUUCCAUAACGAGGGUAUUCUCAUGUACUCAUUGCAUGUCCCUGCCCCUGGUAUCGAUAAUCGAUAUGUAACACUUUGUAUCGACAUAGCUUUGUAUUGUACCGAUUCUUGAUGAAUAGAUGAAUCAAUAUCUGAUAAGGAAAGACGUGUCUUCCCUUUGACAGAUUCAAACUUCCUCAUUCCACCCGUUUCUCCCACUAUUGUUUUUCUGUUCCUAUUUUGUUGAGUAAUUGUUGAACUCAAUUCCGUACACUUUAGCUGAGACGUUGCUAUAGAAGGUAAGGAGGGCAGAAAAUGGCUUCAGUGAAGAGAAUGAAACUGGGUACUCAAGGUCUGGAAGUCUCAGCUCAAGGGCUCGGUUGCAUGGGAAUGUCAUCCUUCUAUGGCUCUCCAAAGCCCGACUCGGACAUGUUCGCUCUGAUCCACCACGCCAUCAACAGCGGCGUCACUCACCUCGAUACAUCCGACUUGUACGGCCCUCGCACCAACGAGAUCCUUCUCGGCAAGCAUCGCGUUGACACCACCGUUCCGAUUGAAGUCACGGUUGGGGAGCUGAAGAAACUAAUUGAAGAGGGUAAAAUCAAGUACAUUGGUCUGUCCGAGGCAUCAGCUGCAACGAUCAGAAGGGCUCAUGCAGUUCAUCCUAUAACUGCAGUGCAGUUGGAGUGGUCCUUGUGGUCAAGGGACGUGGAGGAAGAGAUUAUCCCCGCUUGCAGAGAGCUCGGGAUUGGGAUUGUUGCCUACAGUCCCCUUGGUCGAGGAUUCUUGGCUUCAGGACCUAAACUUCUAGACAGCCUUGCCGAUGGAGACUUCCGAAGGACGCAACCAAGGUUCCAAGGCGAAAACUGGGAUCACAACAAAACCCUCUUCGAGAGGGUUUCUGAAAUCGCAAAUCGGAAAGGAUGCACACCGUCACAACUGGCACUUGCAUGGGUGCACCACCAGGGAGAUGAUGUAUGCCCUAUUCCAGGAACCACCAAGAUCGAGAACUUCAACCAGAAUAUUGGAGCUCUAUCUGUCAAACUAACACCAGAAGAUAUGUCUGAACUUGAAGCGAUCGCGUCGACCGAUGCUGUGAAAGGUGAUAGAUACAUGGCAGGCAUGUCCACUUUCAAAGGUGCUGACACUCCACCUCUGUCUUCCUGGAAAAGCGAAUAGAAAGUGUUGUUCUUUAAUGCAGUGAGUGAGUAAUGGUUUGGCAAUAAAAUGAGCUUUCUGAGUUCAAGUUGAAGUUCUGCAAUUUUUCCAUAAUGAAGGUAUCUCAUGUAGUCAUGCCUCCCUGGUAUCGGUAUGUAACACCUUGUAUUGACAGAGCUUAGUUCUGCACAUUAUGCAAUCUAAAACAUUCGUGAGGUCUCCGGCAUGUGAUCCGCUACGACCAUUAUGCUCUAUGCUGAGUGUUGCUAACUGGAUCCAUGGAGAUUAGAGUUCCCAUAUGAACAAAUGCUUGAAACUCCUGGGGAAGCCCUCGAAUGCAGACGUCCUCAAACCCUCCACUAACCUGAUCAUAAACCACCACACACUUGCUCCUGUAAAGAAACAGAACCUUGCCAUCCUUAAACUCCCACAGAACUUUGAAUGACCUCCCUUUGAUCCCAUUCUUCUUCCUCCUAGUUGGUGGCGCCCCGCCCUCCAUACUAUAACUCCGAGGGACAUGGCUCGGGAUGGCAAACUCUUUGCUCCAAGAUUCCUUCACACAGUAUCUUCUCAUCACCCACACUCCAACCGAUCCAUCGCUGCUCAACUCGACAGCAGAGAGAUUACCUCUCAAAUUCACCAGAUGAUCAAAGCUGCUGCAAUCUUUCGGUCCAGGCACGACCUGGAACUCCUCAGUUUCCAAGUCAAACAACACCACACCUUCAUCUCCCAGGUUCCAGCUCUUCCAGUGAAGUCUGCAUUCCACCGUUGCCUCCGAUGCUGGACCAGCAAGAACGUAUGCGAUUCGCCCCAGUCGUCUCCACUCAUCGUCAUCUGUCCCCAGAGUCAGCACAAAGGCUUCAGGGUUUCCUCCAGAGAAGUCGUACUCCGAUUGCUUGUAGUACACGACUUUCACUACCUUGUACUGCUUUGUCCGCGAAUGGAAUCCGAACCCAAACACCACCCUGCAGAUUGUGUCAGUGUCAUGUACCGUGAGCUUGGGGAGCUCCUUGCCAUGUGCAGAGCUGGAGAAAGGGUUGUAGAUGUAGAGUGGAUCGUCGGAGACGGUGCUGUACAGACAGAGGAUUCCAUUGCAAGAACCCACCAGAUCAAAGUCAGGUAACAUUGAUCCAUCCAACUGGGUGGUGAUCUUCACUGUUUUGGCUGUGUCCUCCUCCGUGGCGCCAAGUUCUGCGAGCUGGAGCUUGGGUUUCGGCCAGUCUGAGAAGGCCAAGAGAAAGAGGGUGACUUCAGAUUCAUCUGCAGUGGAAAAAUGGAGGUUAUGGAAAGCUGGAUCGUUGAUUGAGGCGAGCCAGGAUCGUGAUACGAGUUUGGAUUCCAGGAGAGUUUGUAUGGGUUGCCUGGAAAGUAUGUCGUGGAAGAUGGCUUUGGGGAGCUUCUGUAUUGGUGAUUCCAUGGUGUAAGAGACUGAGAAGGAUGAUAAGGAAGAACUGUGAAACUUUUUAGCUUCUUGUCUCUGGUUUUGAAGUUUGGGUAGAGGGCAGGUUGACGGGAUCAAGAAAUGCUUUUGGAGUGACGAUUUCAACAAGACCUUGAUUUUGUUUUUAGCCUAACCCAAUUAUAGUUUCUCACGAGUAGCAUCCAAAAACAAAAACAAAAGAGUGUAGUUGAAUCCAAAGUUAAGAGGUAAUUGCAAUUAGGGG